AUGCGGAUUUUAAAGUUGCCAAACAAUACGAAAGUCGGUUCAAUCAUAUAUAGGAUUAAGGGCACGGAUGCCGACAACGAUAUCAUUGAGUUCGGCGUCCGUGGGAUCAUUGGCAGCCGUUUACUGGGUUUCAAAAAUGUGAGCUUUUAUGAGGCGGACAUCUACUUAAAAAAUCAAUUAGAAGAUCCGGAAUAUAAAAUCACAUUAUUUGCUUCGGAUGGUAAACAUUUCACCGAGGUGGAGUCCACAAUCAUUGUAACAGAAAGUAUCUCUAUCACUGAAACACCAUUUCUACCAUCAGAUAACAUCAUCCAAAUCUCUGAGAGCACAAAUACUAACCACACGAUUGCCACCAUAAGUGUCAGGGAGAGACCUAAUAGUAAUCUUCCCGUCACUUUUGAAUUGCGGGGUUCCGACAAGUUUGCCAUUAAAUAUAUUUUUGGACCUGGAGGUACGAGUAAUGCUGAGAUAUAUUUGCUUCAAAAAGUGGACUACGAAAAACAAAAUCUCUAUAUCCUAUCAAUCGUUGCUUUGAAUUGUUGGGCAAAUGAAACAUUUGAUACGAGAAACAUAGCUAUCAUUGAUAAGGUGGUGGUAAUCACUGACAUUCAGGACACGGCGCCCGUGUUUAUCCAUUUGCCAAAUGUUGUCAAGAUUUCGGAAAAUACGAAAGUCGGAAAUGUUGUCUUACAAGUGAGUGCCGAAGACGGCGAUUACGGCAAUCAACGCAACAUUACAUACGAUAUCGACAAAAAAUCUCCUCUGAAGUCAUACUUCGGAAUCGAUGACAUCAAAGGGUCGGUAGUGUUGAGGCGUCCCAUCAAUGAUAUAAAACAAGAGAUUGGGACCAAAGAGCCCCUAAUUCUGAACGUAUGGGCCAUAGAAGUGGUCGAUCCGAGCGAUCCCAUACCCGCGAUGUCCAGCAAUACAGACAUAAGUUUAGUGAUCGUCUCGACUGACAACAGACGCCCGCAAUUCAAAAGCGAACAUUUGGUCGGAAGUAUUGAUGAGAACAGUCAACACAUGACACCUGUGCUCUGGCAGGGCUUGAGUAGCCCACAGGUCACCGACAAUGAUCCGGGUCUUAACGGCACAAUGAUUUUGACUAUCAGCGACCCAUCGGAUACAUUCAUGAUUCAGCCCAAGCGAGGCAUCAAUGAUAUUAUUUUCUCCGUUGUGGUGAAAGACUCAACAAAAUUGGAUUACGAAACCAAUUCAGAGAAACAAGUAUACGAAGCACUCAUACCCGAAGACACAGCUCCGGGUACUUCUGUGGCUAAGAUUGAGGCCACGGAUGGAGACUCUGGAGAUUACGGAAGAAUUCGUUUCACUUCUAUUAAUGGCCCGCUUUCUGACGAUUUGCACAUCGACUCCGAGUCGGGAGUUAUUACAUUGAAAACCAACGAAAAUAUCGACAGAGAGAUCAUAUCUGAGUAUAGAGUCAGUGUAGAGGCCAGGGAUGAGUUGGGUCGGGGCAAUAAAAAUGUGACCGAAUUGCACAUUAAAAUUGUUGAUAUAAACGAUAACGCACCCGCAUUUCUACAGCCCCGGUACGACGCCGUCCUAAAUCCCGAUCGUUUCAGUUUCACACAACCGCUUAUCGUGAAAGCCAUGGACGCCGACGAAGUGGGAACUCCUAACAGCCAUAUAAGAUACGAAAUAGUUGGCGGCAAUUAUCAGAAUAAGUUUGUCAUAAACGAGACGUCGGGAGAGAUUCGUCUCACGUCUGCCCUCAUCGAUGACAUUCACCCCAAGGUCUCGAAUCCCGGUUUCGAUGAAUACCAGAGCAUUAAGUUUAUGCCGGUUCUGAACCUAACCGUCAGAGCCCACGACCACGGGAUCCCUCACCAGUCGUCAUCAGUUCCCGUGUAUAUCCAUAAUCCGGAUUUCCUCAACAGAACCGUUGUCUUCACCAUUGGAGACACAGAAGAUAGUGUCAACAAAAGGAAACUCGCGAUCGAAAGCGGAAUGAGUGCCUUAAGUGGUGCUAAAGUGCAUAUCUAUUCAGUGAGACCUCACAAAGACAAGAGUCUGAAGUCGGAGAUGUCUGAAGUACACGCUUGGAUGGCAUAUCCAUCACAAUCACAAGUUGAUUUGAACAAAACGCCUACAAUUCUGAGUCAAAUCACUGGCAAGGAAUACAAUUCCGGUGAAACAACCGACAGAUACACGACAACACAGAUCGCGGGCAAUGACUUCAGAGUUCUUAUUUUGCUGCUAAUAGUCCUCAUUAUAGCCACUCUUGUCUUCUUAAUUAUAUUCUUGAUUUGUUGGUUCUGUUGCUGUCGAGACAGACAACGUCGUCAACAAAAAUUGGAAGAUUCAGAGAAAAAUACUUAUUUCAAGACUACAGCUAACGGUUCCGUAUCGAGGGAUAAGUCAUCUAAAGACGAAAAGUAUGACAAAUCAAACAGUAAUCGACGGAAGAACUCGAUUCAGGCCUGGAAUGAGGAGAGGGUUCGCGACCCACGACUCAGAAGUGAUUUCAGGCCUUCUUCGGCCCCAAAUAAUGAUCAAAACCAUUACACACAUAAUGUGAGGGCAAACAGUUCCCAAUCAUAUCAGGAUCAGUAUCUGUCAAACAAUCCAUCGCUGUAUCAAAGAGUGUAUAAACUGAACAGAAAUCAAAGGACAAGAGUUGGUCCACAAUAUUAUGAUUCUUACGAUGAAAAGGAUGGCAUUAAUUACAGGAAUGGCUACCAAUCGGUUCGCCCGCAAAACAUUCCGAUGAGGACUUUCAAAGGCGUCGAUAAUAUGGGAUAUUUGCGCACAACUAAUGAGCCCUAUAUUAUCCACGAUCUCAGCGAACCCAACAAUUUAGUGGUCAACAGAACCCGUCCAUCAGUACAUCAUUUGCCAUAUAAUGACAAUUUGGUUACAUUUCCCAAACGCACUGAAAUUCUUUACAUUCAAAGCCCGUCCGGACUCAGAGGACAACAGGAGGAAGCGUUGAGAAGUAUUAGUCAAAAUGAUAUGCCAUUCAAUGAGGACCAAGACUUUGAUCGCUACUCAGAUGUAUCUCAAAACGGCAAAGAAAGCGAUAGAAUGAGAUACCCGUCGAAGACAAAGCAGAGGCACAUCCAGUUCAGUGACCACAAUGUCACUGAAAUGACUAUACCUGAGGAGGCAGUGGUUCCCGGAAUGAUACCCCGAGAUGGACCACAGAAUCAGAUAAUAUCCGGUCCGUCUGUUUCUUCUCAAAGAGUGUCUGUAAUCGAUGAGCACAUGAGGGAAGGUCUUGAUCUCAGGCAUCAGUUUAGUGAUGGUAAUGAAAAUCACAUCGAUUUAGGAGAUGCUGACGGAACGGAUGUGUUGAAGACCAUUAUUAGCGACAAAAGCGGAGUGCCCGUCAGUAUUGAACUGAAAGACAACAAAAUCGGCGCAAAUCCGAGCGCAACAAACGAGCCGACAGUAAACGGCGACAAAAGAAAUGCCAAAAAUAGACGAAUUUUGACGAAAGAAAACAGUUUUGAGACGUCGGAGAAGUCAUACGAUUCCGACUCAGGAAUCGGUCGACCCGUCGGACGGAUUGAUUUGGAUGUGAAGAACAGCGGACUGAUGGAGAAGAAGAGUAUUUUCACCAUCGCUUACAACGACGUGAAGACCAGACAUUUACAGUCAGCCGAGUCUAACGGCGAAUGA